AAUCGUCGAAAACGCCCGAACGUAGCCGAACGAAGUUGCUCAUUAUGUAAUUUAGUCGCUUUCGCUUCGCCGAUGUGUUUAGCUGGUUUAUCAAGUUGGUUCGAUGAUUUUAUCGAACUGAAACAGUAUUAUUCGGUAAUUAUUACUAAUUAUUUCGAAAUUAACUCGUAGAAAUGUAAAAAAACAGAAACAUAAUACUCUUAAUGUGAUAAAUUACGAGCUACGUGAAUAAAAAUACAUAAGUACAGCAGAACGUCCCAAGUUAAGACUUGAAAGUUCAGUUUAUUGUUUUGAAUCCGGUGACAUUUUGAGCUACAGAAUAUCGUUAAUUCAUUCCGUUUUACGUUCGUUUUCGAGAUAAUAUCGUUGAAAAUUUAAUUCCAAUUUCAGUAUCAGCUCGCUGUUAUCUUGUUAGUGAAUCACCCUGUGGGAAAAUGUACAAAGAAAACUGGUCCAUAGUCGAAGACGUUCCGACGAGAAUUCUAACUUGGGGCGCUGAUCUGGAUGAAUUGAAGUCCAACAAAGACAAAUACACCGAGAUGAUUUUCGUAAUCACCGGAAAUCCUGGAAUAGCCGACUUCUAUAUCGAAUUCUUGAACAAACUACACGAACUAGUUCAGAUACCAAUUUGGGUAAUUUCACAUGCAGGUCACGAAAUACCUGAAAAUAUAGAAGCUGUGUACGGUACUCGAAAAGACGAGUUUGGCCAACGAAUGUACGAUCUCCAGCAGCAGAUUGACCAUAAAGCUGCAGCUAUUCGGAAUCUGGUACCGAAGGAUUGUAAACUAUACAUAAUCGGUCAUUCGAUGGGAGCUAAGGUAGCUCUAGAGCUGGUCAAAACUCCAGAGCUGGAGAAAAGGAUAGAGAAGUGUUACAUGUUGUUUCCUACGGUCGAGCAUAUCGGUAGAACUCCGAAUGCUGCUUUUAUCAAACCGUUUAUCAAGUAUUUCGGAACUGUGGUGAUAUUUUUGUCUUGGAUAUUUACGUUGUUUCCUGUCGCGUUGAAAAAAAUUAUGUUGAAAUGCACGUUUACCUUAACGCACGGUGCUGCGAACUCGUGUACUGUUAGUGGAGGAAUGAAACUUAUUCAGCCUGCGGUGUUGAGGAAUAUUUUCCAUUUGACCAAGGAUGAAAUGAUUGAGAUCAAGGAUCUCGACGUCGAAAAUUUACGAAAAUUCCGCAACAAAUUCAAAUUCUACUACGGAACCACAGACGGUUGGAGUCCGCUUAAAUUCUACGAACAUCUGAUCCAAGAGAUCCCUGAAAUGGACGCCGAAGUAUGUUGCCAAGGUAUCAAACACGCCUUCACCAUCAAAUCGGCUCAUACGAUGUCAGAAAUGAUAUCAAAUUGGAUCAAAGCUGCUAUGGCCGAAUAAGCAGCGAGAAGCUGGAAGUAAAACUCAAAAAGUUAUUAUUGUAUCGGUCUUAGCCGCACCGGUGCGGUGGUCACACUGUUUGUAUUUUGAAAUAUAUAGGUAUAGAGGUGCUCGUAUUGUACUCAGUGAUCGAAUGUCUUAAAAAAGGGAAAUACGAGUACGUAAGGCCAAAAAUUAGCUUAUAUCUAGUGAUGCUGUUUUCAUAUUACUCAACACUAAUUCGGUGUAUAAAAUUGUUUUUUCCUCGUUUUUUAUGUCCUUUUUUAUACUCAAUAUAGUUGUUUUUAGAUGUUGAA